CAGCCUAUGAAGUAGCGUGCGUGCUCUGAGUCAGGAAGUGUGCGCGCACCUAUCUCACUCACUACUGUGCUCGCCGCAGCUCACCCUACUCCAGGAAGAAUAACAGAGGAACAGCACAAUGUAGAAGACUAAGAAAAUAAGUAUUUACUAAAACCCACAUGUCCAGAGAGUUGACAAAUCCUUUUUAAUUUCUGACUGCUCUCCAGUCUGGGAAUGAAACUAAAUGCAUAGCCUGUAAGGAAAAAGAACAUCUUUCCUCUGUAGAACCAUCUUCACAUGAUAAUCAAGUCCUUCACUUUCAAAAUGUCCAAACUGUGGCUUUGAACUCAGCAACAAUGAAAGGGUCCUUGAAAAAAUGUAUACUAGAAAUGCCCACAUCACCAGGGAAUGUACCUAAGAUGACCUCUGAAGAUACCACAACUUCUAAGUCAACUGCACUUGAUGUGAAUCCAAAGGAAAUGACAAGUAGACUGCAAUUUGGAACCAUGCCUUCUACUUACCUGAUCAUUGGGGAUGACAAUGGUGAUCUAAAGCUAUAUGAAAUGAAGAUUACAGUUGAACACCAAAAUUCAAUCUUACAGCAAAUUAAACAACUAUUAAAACAAUUGGCCUCACAACCAAUUCCCAACAAUUCUAAUUCCUGGGAACCCUCACACAUGGCAGAACUAGACCACCAAGCACAACCUAUUUCUUCUGUGAAAUGGCCUGUCAUAUAUGCUUCCAAACUCAGAAUGCAUUUCCGUGGGAAGAUUUUAGAAAAUGCAAUGAUGGCCUUCCCCCAAAUUGUUCAGAGAUCAGUGCAAAUAUACCAUGAGAGUUGCCAGAUUCCUCCUAAACUGAAAGCAAUUAGUGUCUCUACAGAACCUUUCAUGGAUAUUAAUUGGCCAGAGCUUACCCCAAGUAUGAAGACAGACAUCCCAAAUGUGACACCAUCAUCUUUAAAUUUAGACUCCUUAAUGGUAAAUGAUCAAAUUCAAAAAUCUAUGAUCAUUACACCCAUGGGAUAUAGCUCUGAUAACUUAACAAGAAAAGUGCCAUCACCAAUUGGAUACAAGAGUUAUUUCAAAAAGCUAGCUUCAAGUAGGAAUUUUAAAAGAUCAAAAAGAACCUCCAGAAAAGAAACAGAUCUCAUUAUAGGCACCAUCUUACAUCUUGGAAGAAAAAUUCUACAAGCCUUAUCUCCUGAAGUCUGCAUAGAUAAGUCUCCUCAGAAAGUAAUGAAAAGUUCAACACAAAAUGACAAGAUACAGAACUAUUUUCUACAGCCUGGAACUAUGGAAGGUGUAGUGAUUGCAAGAUCUAAAUUACAAAGCACAAAUACAAUGGAAAUAACAAAAGAAAAUGAAAGCAAUGGGAUAACUUUUUCACAAUCUCAGAUGCCGCCUCAUGUCACCAGUCACAUUUAUACCAACCCUUUGCAAGAACCUCAUGUCUCAUCUUUUAACUUGGUAGAUGAUCAAGAAGUGCCCACUGAAAUGCUCAAAAAGGUCACAUAUUUAAGUUCAGAUGGAAAGACCUCAACACAGUGUUUCCACUGCACUGACCCAAGGAAAAUGUCUACAUUCAGGUGUCCUCAAGUGUUUACAUCUAUCAAAAGAUUCCUUCUGGUGGCCUUGAAGCUAAGUCAUCCCCAGAUAAGACUACCAAGAGGCAGAACUACAAGAAAGAAGAAAAGGCAAAUAUCAUUAUAGAAAAAUCUGUAGUGACAUUUUCAUAUGUCUCAUUCCAAGAGAAGAGUUUAUCUGCCUUCAUUAGUAAAAUAACAAAUUGCACCUACUUUCAAUAAACCAA